AUGGCAUCCGGUCAGAUCUUCAGUAACACCGCCGACUCGCUCCACAACACCCAACCUUGCAAGUCGACAGCCUUACCGCUGGCCGAGGACCUGGACGAGUGGUCAUGUUUCAGCCGGAGACAUGCAGCUGAUCUUUUCCCAGCCACACGCUUCCACUUCAUGCAGCGUCGAUUCCUAGAGGUUGCUUCUCUUCCUCCUCGGGUCCGACCUACUGAGAACAAUUAUCUCACUAUUCCCUUUCUGCGGGUAGUCAAAUCGAUAGUGGGCAUGCAGCGGAUGGGAACAUCAGUCACAGCCAACCCGUACUCGCCUGCUCCUCUUUCGUAUUCAAAACUCGGCGGCCGUGUUAUUGUUGGUCAACAACCAAGUGUCCACGACAUUUCAGACAUCCAAAGCACAUCCAUCUUCCCCGGACUCCAGUCAUUCAAGAUGCAAUUCUUUUCGCUCUUCCUCUUCAUUUCCACCGCCCUUGGUUCUGGCCUGGGAUAUGACCGCUCCUCUCCGUCUUCUGGUGCCUUGUUGUCCUGCUCCAAGGCUCUAGAGUACAAUCCGAAGACAGUAGCCGCCCUCGUCGACAAUUAUGCUCAGGUGGUUGGAAACUACUCCGAGGCCCUAGCUCAAUCCUACCUCUUCAAGGAUUUUAAUGAUACGUCUGACAGCAUCAACAUCUUGGCCGGCAUUCCCCUGGGAUCUGUCACUUUUCCUUCAAAGCAAGCCUUCAUGGCCAGCCAGGCAACUCAACCAAAGAUUCCCGUGGUGGUCACUGGCACCUACGCUGUUACUCACGACACCGUGGUCAUUCGGUACACGCAAACUUUUGGAGCGGGUAAAGUUGUAGCUGGCAUCGCCAUUCUGGGAUUUGUUUGUAAUCAGGAGGACAGGCAGUGGAAGCUCAGCGAGAUAAACACGGAAUUCAAUAGCCUGGCUUACUUCGAGAACAUUGGAGGAUCCUGCACCAGUCCCUCUUAA